AUGCAUCAUAGAGCCUUGCGGGCCGGUCACCGCACAAGCAAUGCAUCUGACGCGACACCUCUGAUGCCACGUCAGAAGGAGACUCAUCUUGGGAAAAUGGUCCGGUACUCCCCCCAAGAAGCCAGUAGAACUCGCCAGAAGAGUUCUAUGGCAUCAGGCAAUGCUGUCAAAUCCCGCAUCAUGUUCCGACUGCCAGUCUGUGACAAACUUCCUGCGCCUGAAGCCUGGUGGGGGCCUUGCCGGACUGAGAGGACGAAAAGAGGUCAAAUGAGCGAAGAACCAGGAACCAAGUCCCCGGCCGAAAAUGAGACAGGGACAAGGAUGUGGUUGCUUAGAAUGGCUGAGUCGGCUUCGUCCGAUGCCCCAUCGGCGGAAGUUCAUCAUUGA